AUGGCUGAAAUAAUUAGGAAAGACGCCGAGGAUGAAGAAUGGAAACGGAGAGCCCGAGAGCACGAGGCUCAGCGCCGGGAAAGGGAAGAUCUUGAAAGAAGAAAAAGGGAAGCAAAAGAGAGACUGAGACAGAUGAGAGAGGAUCUUGCGGAGCUGCGGUCGAAAGAUGCAGCACGAAAAGCUAGAGAACAACAAGAACAAGACGCCAAGGAAAGGGUUUGUCAACAGGAAGAGAAAGCCAGAGAACUCAAGCGUCGACAGGAACGCGCUGCCAAGGAGCAACUGCGUCGACAGAGAGAAGUGGAGGCCGAAAGAAAAAGCAGAGAAGCCGCAGAGAAAGCGCAGGAGCAACUGGAAAAAACCGCACAAGAGCGGCUCAAGAUGUUGAUUAUUGAAGAGAAGCUGGGCUUUGUUCGUGGGCACUGGGCUAAGAUGAGAGAAGCGGCGGAUAAGCGGGACGCAAACGCGACUUCGUAG